AUGAAGUCGGAAGAGGCGGGCGAUGCCUCAUCGUCGUCACUUGCUACUUCGGCCGCAACGCAAAACGAACAAGAAGAAGACGAACGCGAGACGUACCUGUUGCUGCUGCUUUCAGACUCGAAUCUGCCCACAGGUGGAUUCGUGGCAUCCUCCGGUUUAGAAUCCUUUUACGCCCACGGCCUCCUUCACAAUGCACGUCCCACAUCCGAUCUUACUCGAUACGGCCAAACAACGUCUCCUUUGGUGACAAGAAAGGGUCCGACGAUAGCGCCUUCGCAAGCGCAACUUUCGUCGGCGACGUUAUCAUUUGCACAGUCGACACUCCAUUCGUACGCACGAUCGAGCUUUGGAUAUAUCGCACGCGUGCACACUGUUGUGGCGAGAUACCUCGACCAAGGUGUGGAUGCAAGACGAAACUCAAGCGAGCCAGCGCAGCAGCAUGAUGGCAAGCAGAACGAAGACAAGAGGCUGGUCGAGUGUCUCGAGACGAUUGCGAAAUUGGACUACUCCUACCACACGCUGCUGCUCAAUCACGUUGCAAGAAGAGCAUCGAAAGCGCAAGGGAUUGCGCUACUCACUCUAUACUCAAAGGCUUUUGCUAAGCCGGUCAAUUUGCAGCAUGAAGCCUAUAAACCCAUGCUCUCACCGCCAUCCCAGCACAACCGUCCCUCCCCUGAAUCCCACGACAGCGCACAUGCAUCGCGAAUAGAUCUCGCAGCAACACUCGUCGAUCGAAUGAAACUCGACAUCCGUCGCGCUGCAGCUCGGAGCGCGACAGCCGAAGAACAGAUGCAGGGCCACCUGCCUGUUUGUUGGGCCGUGUUUGCAGCUUGUUUGGGAGUAGGUUUGAAAAAGAGCGUGUUUCUACACCUGUUCCUCCAGGCUAGGUCGUUGUUCUCCAGCUCAAUUAGGUUGAAUACGCUGGGCCCGUACUUGGCGCACCAGGUGAUGCGGUUUCAGAUGCGACCGGUGGUCCAAGCCAUCCUUCGCGAGAUGGAGAGACAAGGUUGUUUAGAGAUCGACAUUGUAUCGAUGUGCAACCGUCGCUCUGAGCACGAUGCAGAGGCGCAAGACGAGCAAAUGCGGAUCGACGACGACUCACAAACCAAGGACCAUGUUUCGGCGUAUACCAUUGCGGAUCAACCAAACACUGCCACCACAAGUCCCUCGGCAAAAUCCUUCCGUACCACAGCGACAAUGUCUUCCUCGCCAAUUACAGCAUUGCGACCCAAAGUGCAGCCACUACGAACCGGAAAAGGCCAGCUCAUUCCUGUGAAUGACGACGAUCCAACACAAGGUUGGGCUUGGGACUGGCCCGAGGAUCAAGAUGAUUUCUUCUGCGUUCGGAACCAGCCGAGAACAAACUUGACCAGCAAUACGCCCAACGCGGCCAACAGCGAAAGAGGAUUCUGGACCCAAACCUGGGCUCCUGCAACCACUUUCCCGUUGGGCGAAAUCAUUCAGGCACGACACGAUCAACUGCAUUCGAGGCUCUUCAACAGUUGA